GGGAGCUGGGCCUGCCCGGCCCUGCCCUUCCCUCCCCUUCCCUUCCAGUGCACGGCACCGACCCUUUCCCCUCUCGGACCAGGUCGGCCUCCUGUGCACCGACGACUCAGGCGUGCGUGGCGGGGCCUGUGGCCGCUGGUCCCCCUCCGGCCGGCGAGGUGACUAUCUGAAUUUUCCAGUUGCAGAAUAUGUAAUACCUUGAAAGGUUGGUAAUGAUGAGUAAACCGGAAAUAAAGGAAGAAAAGAUGUUGAAGGUUCGAUUUGUGGGAGAUGAUGACGUUCUAAAUCACAUUCUUGAUAGAGAAGGAGGAACUAAAUUAAAAAGAGAACGACCUCAGCUUUUGGUAACCAAGAAAAUAAUAAAGAAGCCAGACUAUGAUGUGGAAGAAAAUGAGCAGGAAGUCUUGAAAGAGCAGAACUAUGUGAAUGUUUUAGGAAGAGAUGAUCAAGAAUCCUUAAAAAAUGGCUCUAGUCUAGAUGUCGGGAAGAAAGUCUAUCCUUUCCAAAGUAGAAAGCACUCUGAAAAGAUGACUAACUUAGCUUCCGAACUAGCAAAAGCACCAAGUAAAAGUGUUGCAUCGGAUUCAAAGAGUGAUCCUAAAAUUGUUACAGACAUUUCUGAAAGUAGCAAGGGGCAUUCUACUUCAACUGAAGUUCAGUCACAGCCUAAUAGUGACAAAAGUGAAUCUCAACCAACAGCACAUUUUAAUCUAAGGAAAAGACCUGUUCCAGCAUCUUGUUCUGACAGUGAAAGUGAAUAUUCUGCUUCUAACUCUGAGGGUGAUGAAGGGGUAACACAGGAAUAUGAAGAGGACACUGGUGAAGUGACACAGAACAAAAAGAUUCCACCUCAGAGUAGAGUGGUUUCUACUUCUAACUGCAAAGAAAAGCCCUCUAAGAGACUAAAAAGAGAUAAAACAACUGACUUGGUAGAAGAAUAUUUUGAAGCUCAUAGCAGUUCAAAAGUUUUAACUUCCGACAGAACACUGCAGAAACUAAAGAGAACUAAACUGGAUCAGGAAACUUUACAUAAUUUAUUGAAAAAAGUUCCUCCUUCCUUUUCUGCUGAACUUAAACAGCUAAAUCAACAAUAUGAACAAUUAUUUCAUAAGUGGAUAUUGCAGUUACACCUGGGCUUCAAUGUUGUGCUUUAUGGUCUGGGUUCCAAAAGAGACUUACUCGAAAGGUUUCGGACCACUAUGCUGAAGGAUUCCAUUCAUAUUGUCAUCAAUGGCUUCUUUCCUGGAAUCAAUGUGAAAUCAAUCCUGAAUUCUAUAACAGAAGAAGUUCUUGAUCAUACAGGUACUUUCCGCAGUGCACUGGAUCAGCUAGAAUGGAUAAUAAGCAAAUUUAAAGAAGAUUCUUCGUUAGAACUCUUCCUUCUCAUCCACAAUUUGGAUAGCCAGUCGUUGAGAGGAGACAAAAGCCAGCAAAUUAUUGGACAGUUGUCAUCUCUACACAAUGUAUACCUUAUAGCAUCUAUUGACCACCUCAAUGCUCCUCUCAUGUGGGAUCAUGCAAAGCAGGGUCUUUAUAACUGGCUCUGGUAUGAAACUACUACAUUUAGUCCUUACACUGAAGAAACUUCCUAUGAGAAUUCUCUGCUGGUCAAACAGUCAGGGUCACUACCACUUAGUUCCUUAGUUCACGUCCUUCGAAGUCUGACCCCUAACGCAAGGGGGAUUUUCAGGCUGCUAAUAAAGUCUCAACUGGAUAACCAGGAUAACCCUUCUUACAUUGGGCUUUCUUUCCAAGAUUUUUACCAGCAGUGUCGGGAGGCAUUUCUUGUUAACAGCGACCUCACACUUCGGGCCCAGUUAACUGAAUUCAGAGACCACAAGCUCAUAAAAACAAAGAAGGGAACUGAUGGUAUAGAAUAUUUAUUAAUUCCUGUUGAUAGUGGAACAUUGACUGAUUUCCUGGAAAAGGAAGAGGAUUUGUGAAGCUAUCCUGCAUCAGAAAUCUUCUAGGAAAGGUUUCCACUGCUCCAGCGUGUGGUGUUUACAUCCACAUUAGACUCGAUGGGUGAGGAUGUCCUGAACGAGAAGCUGGAGAAGCCUGUCCAUCUUUGUACUAUGCAGCGAUCCUCACAUUGGGGAAAACGUGCCUUUUG